CCUGUCCCGGGUCCCGCCCGCAGGCCCCGCCCCUCUGACGUCACCCCGGGGCGCCGUCGGCGCCGAGCACAGUUCCCGCUGGACCCGCCCGGGCGCUGCGGCCGCGGCCCUUCCCGCCGGCAGGAUGUCAGCCAGUAUCCCUGGAAACUCAAAUGUGGCUGCUGGCAGUAAUCGUCGACUUCAGCAGACUCAACACCAAGUAGAUGAGGUUGUUGACAUCAUGAGAGUGAAUGUGGACAAGGUAUUGGAGCGAGAUCAGAAGCUAUCAGAGCUGGACGACCGUGCUGAUGCACUGCAAGCAGGAGCUUCCCAAUUUGAGACCAGUGCAGCCAAGCUGAAAAGGAAGUAUUGGUGGAAGAACUGUAAGAUGUGGGCAAUAUUGAUAGCUGUUGUUGUCAUUAUCAUCAUCAUCAUCAUCGUCUCGACUACUUCAUGAGUUACAGGAAGAAACUCAGAUCAACUGAAGGUGCCCCUGAAUCUUCAGCCUCUCCACUUCAAACCUGCUGCAUUUUCAGUCCAUUUACUGCUGUUUAAAGCAAAACUAUUUUCAUUACUGAAAUGUUAACUAACUUUACUGGUUGCCUUAAGACACUCCUGCCAUUAAUUACUAACAAGCACAGCUCACCACUUGCACAGUGCCUUAAUAAAGUGGGGUGCAGAGCUCCUGAGGCGGACCCGGCUCUGGAGCUGCGCGACCGCCGCUAUGCUCGCCCCGCGCUUCUGCGCGCGCGCGGGCCCCGCCCCUGUCCCGGCCCCGCCCGGGGGCGGGCCCGGCCCCGCACGUGGCGGCGGGGCAGGCGCGCGCACGGGGGCCGCGUGCGGUGCCGCGUGAGAGGCGGGGCCAGCGCACGCGGGGCCGCGGCCCCGCCCCGCUGAGCGCGGUCUCCUCCAAUAAACGGCUCUGACCCCGC